UGUUUCUCUCUGGAUCUUGCUUCUCAUUUUCUCACCCAGUUUCUUUCUUUCACGACCAAACCUCCUUGCUUGGGUUUGGAUUUGCAUUCAUGUCGAUCGCAUUGGACAUAAUAGACGUAGCGCCUUCCUCGUCUGGCGGCUUCAUGCAUGGUGCUGCCAUGUCGUUUGGUUUGAUAUUCGAGUCGUCGCCGGGGGAGGAGAGAGCUCCUCCGGUUGCGUCUUCGUCGUUGUCUUCUUCUUCGAUAGGGAAGAACAGCGGCGUGUCUUCGUCGGAGGAAGGCGACGAGGAGAAUGACGAGGCUCAGAGCUCGUAUAAAGGUCCCUUGGAUAUGAUGGAGGCUUUGGAGGAAGUUUUGCCUAUCAGGAGAGGCAUUUCGAGGUUCUAUAACUACAAAUCCAAGUCUUUCACAAGUCUGGCAGAAGCUGCAACUUCUUCGUCUAUUAAAGAGAUUGCGAAGCAGGAUAAUGCGUACACAAGGAAACGCAGGAACCUGCUUGCUUCAAAUAUCAUUUGUAGGGGUGGGAUAUCAAAGUCCUCAAAGAGAACAAUCACUGGGAGUCAAAGCACAUUGGCUUUGGCUUUGGCAAUGUGCAGCCCAGAAGCCAGUCCCAGCACUAGUGACGAUUCCAGUUCGUGUUCCCUUACUCAUUCAUCCUUUGACAAGCUCGGGGAUCAUGCUGCUUGGCGAUCAUUAUCCUUGGCUGAUUUGCAAGAAUGUGCUACUUCUGCAGCUGUAAAUACCACCUCUCGCUUCUUUCCUUCUAAAUCAAAGUUGCAGCAAUGACUUGUAACACUGUUCUUGCCGCCAAGCACCGUUUGCUUUAGAGCUGUUGAGAAGUAGUUUCUGAAACUGUAGCAUAGAACUGUCCAAUGGUUAGUAUGUACAUAUACCUAACCGAUGAAACCCACAAUGGACAAUGGAUGUGCAUCCAAUGCAUGUGAUUUGUAAACAAUAUGAAGUGCUGAUAUUUGAUGCAGU